CCUGCGGCGGCCGAGGGCAGCGAUGGCGGCCGCCGCGGAGCCGGCCGCGGAGGACCCGCUGUGGAGCUUCGUGAGGGUGCUGGAGAAGCGGGACGGGACGGUGCUCCGACUGCAGCAGUACGGCUCCGGGGGCGUGGGUUGCGUCGUGUGGGACGCCGCCAUCGUCCUCUCCAAAUACCUGGAGACGCCGGGCUUCUCUGGUGAUGGCGCCCACGCGCUGAGCCGCCGCUCGGUGCUGGAGCUGGGCUCCGGCACGGGCGCCGUGGGGCUCAUGGCUGCGACCCUCGGGGCAGAUGUUGUAGUCACUGAUCUUGAGGAGCUGCAGGACUUGCUGAAAAUGAAUAUUAGUAUGAACAAGCAUCUUGUGACUGGUUCUGUUCAAGCCAAGGUACUGAAAUGGGGGGAAGAAAUAGAAGACUUGACGUCACCAGACUACAUACUGAUGGCUGACUGCAUAUACUACGAGGAGUCCUUGGAACCAUUGCUGAAAACAUUAAAAGAUCUCAGUGGAUCUGAAACUUGUAUUAUAUGUUGUUACGAACAGCGUACGAUGGGGAAAAAUCCAGAAAUUGAGAAAAAAUAUUUCGAGCUCCUUCAGCUAGACUUUGACUUUGAGGAAAUUCCUUUGGACAAACAUGAUGAAGAAUACCGAAGCGAAGACAUUCAUAUUAUAUACAUCAGAAAGAAAAAAUCAAAACUGCCAUCAUGAAACCCUCCUUCUCUUUCAUCCUGCGCACGUCCCUAACAUCCCGGGUACAGCUGUGACUGGAGCGUGUGCAUUCAGCAUGGGAAGGUUGCAUUUACAAAUUUCUCCAGCACGUCCUUCGAGAUCUGGCUCAUGGGUGAUGACCACCAUGGACUGCCUACAAUGUGAAGUACCUGCCUGCCCGUGGGCUUGACGUAGAACUUAGCUUUACUCAGCUCAGCGUCAAGUUCUGCUUUAAAAGAACAUUGACAAUCACGCAAGUAAAAUAAAUUUUGAGGGUAGCCUCAAGUUCUGAAGCAGCAUGGUUGACUCAGUACAUUUUCAAGAAACUAGAGAUAAUUUGAUCCAAUUUCUAUUGAUGUCUAACUUUACUACAUAGUAAUAUUUUGAGGGCUGGUUGUGGUGGCGCACACCUUUAAUACUAGCACUGGGGAGGCAGAGGCAAGUGGAUCUCUUGAGGUCCAGAUCAGCCUGGCCUACAGAGCAAGUUCCAUGUAUAAUAAGAACCUGUCUCAAAACAAAACAACAACAACAACAAACACGAAUGAAAGAAACAAAACUAGAGAUAAGUUGACCCAAUCCAAUUCCUAAUGAUAGUUAUCUGUUUCUAUAUAAUAAUGUUUAAGUUGAAAGCAGUAAAUUUUCAAAGGCAGCCUCUUACUUUUACAUAGUUGUGCAGUAGGUUUUUUGUUUUGUUUGGUUUUUCUUGUGAUAUCUUUAAUACUUACAUGUUAUUUUAAAAGUGGCUGAAAAUAUUAUCUUGUUUCUUUACUGGCCAGAGUGUUUAUCAUCCAUCACAGAUAGGUGAGUGAAUUAGAUAGUUAAGUAUAUUGUAGUGAGUCUCUAAGAAGAUGAAUGAGGAGACCAAGAGAAAAGCUAUCUCAGAAGGAAGGCGUGAGAAAAGAAAGCCAGUUGCGGGCUUCUGUGUUCACAUGGUUGGCACAGUUUUUCUUGUGUAUGCAAGAAAAUCUGAUUUUAAAAUACCAAUAUUAAGACAUAUAUCAUGAUUAUAUGAAACUGAUUUUUUUUUUUUUUUUUUUUUUUUUUUUUUGAGCAACUGAAAAUUCUGUGCACAUUUUUCAAAUGUUUUUGUACGGUGUUGUCUCCAGUUUUUGUUCCAGUAAUCAUCUGCUCACAUAGACUUAUCUGUCGAUGUCUUGACACUGGUUCCAAAAAGUAGUAACCAGAUGAAAUUCUGGAAUUUACAGUCGUUGGUGCUAGAUGGCAUGCUUUAUGUGUUGAAAUAAACACUGUUUUUGAAA